UUAGAAAUCCGCCGCGCCAGGAGGGGGUGUGCACGAGCGAGCCCCGCUCAUCCUUCCUCACCCGGACACCACGGCCACCUGUGCUUUGUUUGGUUGCCGUAAGGAAUUUGCAACCGUUGAGUUGGAAAAGACGUCCAAACCAAACCGACAAAUAGGACUGGCGGCAGGCGGCUGUGGAUGCAGAUAACAGCAGCGACAUCACGAGAGCCAUCAUCAGGAUUUACGGUCCAGCCGGCGUUGGCGGUGCAGGUGGCAAAUUAAUAACGGGUCAUAAAGAAGAAGGGGGGAUGAGGACUGAUAGAGGAAGGAGGGAGUGUGUCAAAUUAAGAGAGGGGUGUAGAUAAAGCCCAAGGCGGCGUCAUGAGCUCUCCACUGCGUUGCGAGUCUCACUCAGCUCGGCCGAGCCCCAACAGACACGUUCUGGAUUGGAACCAUGAGCAGCUAACUGCGCGCAGACUGUCCUCUCCAAGGAGCGUCAACCUCCUCACACCGCCUCCCUAUCCUCGCCGUGCCUCCGCCAUCCCCGGCUACCUGCUGCCCCCCUAUCGAGAGCAGGAGGACCUGCAGCCUCGGCGUCUUUCCUUGUCCCCAGAGACAUCCCUGGUCAUCCCUGCGCCUCCAACUGUGGACACCACCGCACCUUGCUGCCGCCCGGUGGGAGUCAUGCACCUCCUGCGCCUCGGACUCCUUGCCUUCAGCUGCCUCUUUUGGGCGGCCGGCUUGGCCCUCUUCACCCUGGGGGUGUGGGCCCAAAUCUCAUUGGCCGACUUCAUGCUGCUGAGUGCCAACCACUACCCCAACGCACCCAUCAUCCUCCUGACCACAGGGGCCGCUGUGACUGUCUGGGGCUUUCUGGGUUGUCUCGGGGUGGCGGCCAACCUUCCCUACUUGCUGCGGGCUUACGGUUUCUUUCAGCUGGCCGCGCUCAUCGCAGGAUUGGCCGCCGGACUCAGUGGGCUCUUCUAUCGGGAAGACAUCGCCGGAGGAUUUCGGAGCGGCCUACAGCGAGCGGUGGCCGGGUACACUGAGGACGAGGGCCGUGCCGAUGCGCUAGACAGCCUACAGCGAACGCUAGAGUGCUGUGGCGCUGAAGGAUGGCGCGAUUGGCUCACUUCGGACUGGGCGUUUCAACACAUGACCUUCCUACCCACUGAGAACGGAACCCUGGGGUCCUUGCCAGACAGCUGCUGCAUGAGGCGCAAGGGUUGCAGGAACCGACCCUUGCCGGCGGACGAUAACGAAGGAGUGCUCGCCGCGGGCAUCCACCCCCACGGAUGCUUCCGGAAAGUCUUCAGCUUGGUCAACGACAACGUCUUCCACAUCGCUGCCACUGUGCUGGGAUUGGCCUUCACGCAAAUCGGAGGCAUCGCGUUGGCGUGUUUAUUGGCCAAUAGGCUAGCGCCCAGACAACAUCAACGCAUUGUGGCAAAUUAAUACAAAAAAAUGAAGUUUUUCUACUUGCAGUUUUAAACCUAACAGUGUUUCCACGGGUUGUUGUUCAAGCCUCUUAUUGAUAAUGACAUUUUCAUUGGCUUUUAAAGUGCAUGAAAUACAUGAGAAACAAAAAAUUACAGUUAUUGCAUGUCUGACUAUUUGUGACGAUUGCUUGCGAUACAACUAUAAACAUUUCUGUGUGUUGUGCUGUGAAGUCAAAAAAUGUAAAAAUGUUUACAUCCUGUUAUCCUUGCCUAGCAAUACGGUUGCCUUUGUUCUACACACUUUGUCCAAUCGGAACAUGCCCAUUUUAAAAUAAGUUUUUAGAGCUACUGGUGUGUUUUGGGACACGCUUUUUCUGUCAAUUUUUACUUCCUUAUUUGUUUUUAUAUUACUCAAUAUGCUAUAUAUCACACUAUUAACACGACUAUUACACAUUAUUAUUAUUAUUAUUAUUAUUGCUUACAAGAAAUGGUUAAAUGUUAACAAAGGAAGUUGAAAAAAUAUCGGAUUACAAAACCUCUGCUACGUCUGACUUCUUUUCAGACAUUGUGUAAACAUGCAAUGUUCUUUCAUAGAACUUUGUUAGUUACAAAUAAAGUAAACCAGUUUUUCUCAAACUUUUUUCACCCAGUACCACGCCAGAAAAAUCAUGUCUCCAAGUGCCACCAUAAUGACCAACAUUAUGGUAGCACAGUAGGCCUAGUUAUUCAUUAAAAAACAGGCAGAGGUUUUAUUUAACAAGUAUUUUGAAUAUUUUGGGCCACUGUAACGUUACACACAGUUUGAACAGUAACACUGUGUUUGAAUAUAGGAAAAUAAAACACUUUACUUAAGUAAUUUGAUUCUUUCGCCUACCUCUAGAUAGAGCCAGCGUACCACCAGUGUACACAGUUUGAGACUCACUGAAGCGGUAUAGUUCGGUUGGUAGAGCGGCCGUGCCAGCAACUUGAGGGUUGCAGGUUCGAUCCCCGCUUCCGCAUCCUAGUCACUGCCGUUGUGUCCUUGGGCAAGACACUUUACCCACCUUCUCCCAGUGCCACCCACACUGGUUUAAAUGGAAAAAUUAGAUAUUGGGUUUCACUAUGUAAAGCGCUUUGAGUCACUAGAGAAAAAGCGCUAUAUAAAUGUAAUUCACUUCACUAAUUCACUGAAGUGAACUUGCCAGACUGUCUGCUAAUCUAAGAUAACACACUGCUGCCUUAACUUCAUAUGCAUUGUUUUAGUUUAAUAUGACAACAACUUUAAUGCUCAGGCACAUGAUAUUUUAUUCACAAUGUACUUGCAAGGCAUUUUUUAUUUUGUUAGCUCAGCUGGAGCAGAUGUGACGCAUAGCGCUGUUAUUGUGGAGGCCGGAAGUGUGUGAUCAGUUCAAGCAGAGUUGUUUUGACUGUUGUGUCUGGUCAAGACACCUCUGCUCGAACCAAUCACACAUUUUCAGCCUCCACAAUAAUAGCAUCGGGCAUGUGGACAAAAUGAAAAAUGGCUUACAUAAUAUUUAUGUAUCCUACUUGAAGCAAUAUGCAUCAUUUUGCAAUAAAGCAUGGCUGAAAGUGUAAAAGUGUGUAAUUGUCGACAAU